CGCACUCUCCAUCUCUCUGCCUCGCUGGGAGGACGUCGUGUGCGCAACGGAGCGGAGCCGAAGCAGCCCUGCAGCGGACUCUGUUGGAGCCGUCCUCCUCCUAUCAGAGGGUUAAUUACCUCUUCCAGACACCGGAGCGCUCUCUCCGUCCUCGCCGUGGGAGCAAACAGCGUGCCAGGUGUCAUGACGCACCAAAAAAGCUSGCGCACGUCCGAACUUGUCUCCUCGGGUCUGCCAUGUGCGCGCCUCGGUUGAGUCCGCUCCGGCCGGUUCCCGCGCGCCUCGCGACGAGACCGACAGUGCGUCAUCCCCGGCCCGGUGCGCCGUCCACGUGCCGCUGUCACCACCGGAUGAUGUAAUUGUUUCUCGCAGAUGGAUCCGCUGCUCCUCCUGCGUCAGCGUGCCACUUGGAGCUCCGCAAACAUCUGUCCCUGCUGACGGACACGGAAUAAAACCCUUGCGGGCAAAGGUGUGGGAUUUGCAACCUUGAACCUGUUUCCAAACUUGACCAACUUUCUGCGCGUCCUGACGUUCAUUUAAUGUUUUACUUUCCGGAGGGAGGUGGCGGUGAUGAUGAUGAUGAUGAUGAUAGCAGGAAAGGCGGGUGUGUGGAGUCGCUCCUAACGCCCUGCUCCCUGUGGGUGUAUGGAGGAGAGCAGCCCGAGGAUGACCGGAGGAACCCGGGAAGCUCCGGUUAACAUCUCCCCUGCGGUGGCGGCCAACGCCGAGGGCGAGGAGAUCGAGGUCCUGGAAAGUACCGACGUCCUCCCCGUCGCUCCAGAGGAAGUCCAGUGGAAGUCUCUGUUUGACAAGUAUGACCCGGAGAAUUCGGGCUUCAUCAGCACAGAGAGGUUCAGGGACCUGCUGGCCACCCACGGAUCUGAACUGGACCCCCAYAAACUGGAAGUCCUGCUGGCGCUCGCUGAUGGCAACGCCGAUGGAAAGAUCUGCUACCAGGACUUUGUCAACCUGAUGAGCAACAAGCGCUCCAACAGUUUCCGGAGGGCCAUCCUGCAGGGCAGCAGGCAGCUGAAAGGCUGCAGUCUCAGAGAUGAGGUCGGGCUGGGGCUGCCCCAGAGGUUAGUUCGCCACGUCGCCUACGAAACGUUGCCCCGCGAGGUCGACCGCAAGUGGUACUUUGACAGCUACACGUACUGCCCCCCUCCCUGGCUCAUCUUGGCGAUCACCAUUGCUGAAGUWGCAGUGUUCAUGUAUUACGGAAUCCAGCUGGAUCGCCUGGUCCUGCAGGUGUCCAGCCCGAACUUUUUAAAGAGCCCCCUACCUUACCACCCCCAGCUCCGAGUCCAGGCCUGGCGGUACCUCAGCUACGUUUUCAUGCACACUGGGAUUGAACAUUUGAGCUUGAACAUGGCCAUGCAGCUGCUGGUGGGAGUCCCUCUAGAAAUGGUCCACGGCGCCCUGAGGAUCGGCCUGGUCUACGUGUGUGGUGUGCUGGCAGGGUCCUUGGCAGUUUCAGUCACAGAUAUGACGGCUCCGGUGGUCGGAUCGUCUGGAGGGGUGUACGCUCUGGUUUCAGCACAUCUGGCUAACGUAGUAAUGAACUGGUCGGGAAUGAAGUGCCAGUUUAAGUUAUUCCGAAUGGCCAUGGCGCUGGUUUGCAUGAGUGUAGAGUUUGGCCGUGCAGUGUGGCUGCGCUUCUACCCUCCAGCCUUCCCUCCAUGCCCCAACCCCAGCUUUGUGGCUCACCUGGGGGGCGUGGCCGUCGGCCUGACUCUGGGUGUGGUGGUUCUGCAGAACUAUGAGCAGCGACUCCAGGAGCAGUCCCUGUUCUGGAUAUUUUUCUGUGUCUACACCCUGUUUGUGCUCUGCGCUGUGUUCUGGAACAUUUUUGCCUACAGCCUGCUUGAUGUGCGAGUACCCCCGGCACCAUGAGUUGCUCUUAAGAGGCAGACAAAAACACUGUAUCCCUCACUGAUGGGCACGGUUGGUUGCGUCACCUCAGUCUCACCAUUUUGAGCCUCAUCUGUUGGUGACAGCCGUCGCGCUCCUACUUCUUUCACUCGAGCCUUACCAUUUAAGCAACUCUACCACCUGCUCCUCGUUUCCGUGUCCGCUGGGUUUGAACAAAGCACCAUCAGCGAAUACGAAGCCUCGGAUCUUACACAAACGCAAAGCUUACCUCUUCUGCCUGUUUCUCCUCAAUCCAACGGUGCCUUUUCAUGAGGACAUCGCUAACCACAAAUAUUUCUGCACAUCUGCCUCUUGGCCUAACACUGAAGGGUAAUGUAGCCCUAUCACCCUCCAGUGUUGGACCAGUUUCUGGAUCAGAAUAGUUUUUGAAAAUCCUUCUAUCUCCAAAUGAA